CAGUCAAGUUGACAAAAGUACUGUUUGUUGACUGAUACUCGUAUCUUCAGAUGAGAGUGAGAACAUGGUUGUUCAUCUAGCCUGUAAAGUAACGACACAAAAAAUUAUUAAUAUGUGGAUUACAUUUGGAAUUUUACUUUUAAUAAAAGCAACCGGUAGUUUGACUAUUAUAUCACUCGACGUUCCGAGAAGUGCAAGAGUUGGCGAAAAGACACGAUUAACAUGUAACUACGACCUUGAAAGGGACAGUCUGUACUCGGUUAAGUGGUACAAAGAUGAUUUAGAAUUUUUUCGCUAUGUGCCAAAAGACAUUCCUCAACGGCAGUUUUUUCCUCUUGAAGGCAUCAAAAUUGAUUUCACUAGGUCAAAUCAUCAGACUGUUUAUAUAGAGGAUAUUCAAACUGCCACAUCAGGAAGAUACAGAUGCGAAGUUUCUGCGGACGCCCCAUCAUUCCGUACUGUCUCUUCGGAGAAAAUUAUGGUGGUUCAAGACGCCGCAGGGAGUGCAGUGGGCCAUCAAGGUAAUAAGAGAAUGACGUUCAUCAGCUUUACGUUGCUUCUUCUGUUACGGAAAGUAUUCCCCUGACUGGGAUAACGGAUGUGACCGAAUUACGGAGAAAGUCGACGGAACAAAAUAAAGCUGUUUGUUUUCUGGCAAAGAAACGUUGUCGGAAUCCAAAACAUUGAGUUUCGAUGAUAGGCUUGGAUAACUGCAACUGUUAUUCAGAGCGUCUAACGUGCUCUUGUGAUUGUUAUUGCGAAAACCUAAUUUUUCUCCCAAAGUUUGUUGCUAUUUUUAAGGAAUGCUACUUCUUAACUAACCCUAUUUCUAGUUAUUGGUAUUGAUGUAGUGAAGAAGACCAGUAACAGUCGUGUGACAUCAAGUCGAUCUAACGAAGAAGAAAGUUGUUUGUUUUUUCUUAUGCUAAUUGAAAUGAUAAUUUCAGGCCAUAAAGACUUAAAAAUAAAUUAUUCGUGAUGAAACUUCAAACAAAUUUGUGAAAAUUGGUCAAAAGUAUGGAUUGUUUAUUUAAGGUUGUAGCAUU